GUAGUCAGAGUUUCUACCUGGAGCAUACUGAUGACAUUCUCUGCCUAACUGUGAAUCAGCACCCAAAGUAUAAAAAUAUUGUGGCUACCAGCCAGAUCGGUACAACUCCCACAAUUCAUAUAUGGGACGCUAUGAGUAAGCAAACGAUUUCAAUGCUACGUUGCUUCCAUACCAAAGGGGUUAACUAUGUUAACUUCAGUGCAACUGGCAAACUUCUGGUUUCAGUGGGAGUGGAUCCAGAACAUACUAUCACGGUGUGGAGGUGGCAAGAAGGGGCUAAAGUUGCUAGCAGGGGAGGACACCUGGAGAGGAUAUUCGUUGUAGAGUUCCGCCCAGAUUCAGACACUCAAUUUGUGUCUGUUGGGGUAAAACACAUGAAGUUCUGGACAUUAGCUGGCAGUGCUUUGCUUUAUAAGAAAGGAGUCAUUGGUUCCAUGGAAGAUGCCAAAAUGCAAACCAUGCUUUCUGUUGCCUUCGGAGCAAAUAACCUUACAUUUACUGGUGCCAUAAAUGGAGAUGUCUACGUCUGGAAGGAUCAUUUUCUGAUUAGACUUGUGGCAAAAGCUCACACAGGGCCAGUGUUUACAAUGUACACGACUCUUCGAGAUGGACUCAUUUAGAGACCCACUAAAGAAGGGGGAGCUGUAAAGCUAUGGGAUCAAGAGAUGAAACGCUGCCGAGCAUUUCAACUUGAGACAGGCCAGCUCAUUGAGUGCGUGCGCUCCGUCUGCAGAGGAAAAGGGAAAAUUUUAGUGGGAACAAAAGAUGGAGAAAUCCUUGAAGUAGGAGAAAAAAACGCUGCUUCAAACUUGUUGAUUGACUGUCACAUGGAAGGGGAAAUCUGGGGCUUAGCAACUCACCCCUCAAAAGACAUAUUUAUCUCUGCAAGUAAUGAUGGAACAGCAAGAAUCUGGGACCUGUGUGACAAAAAACUGCUGAACAAAGUGAAUCUAGGUCAUCCUGCAAGAUGUGCCGCGUAUAGUCCUGAUGGUGAAAUGGUUGCAAUUGGCAUGAAGAAUGGAGAAUUUGUUAUUUUACUUGUAAACAGCCUUAAGGUUUGGGGCAAAAAGCGAGACAGGAAGUCUGCAAUUCAGGAUAUCAGGAUCAGCCCAGAUAACAGGUUUUUGGCAGUGGGUUCUCAAGAACAUACUGUAGAUUUUUAUGAUCUCACUCAAGGUACAACCCUAAACCGAAUAGGCUACUGCAAAGACAUUGCAAGUUUUGUCAUACAGAUGGAUUUUUCUGCAGACAGCAGGUACAUUCAGGUAUCAACGGGUGCCUAUAAGCGUCAAGUUCACGAGGUACCACUAGGAAAGCAAAUAACAGAUCCUGCAUUAAUAGAAAAGAUCACGUGGGCCACGUGGACAAGCAUUCUUGGAGACGAAGUCAUUGGAAUUUGGCCGCGAAAUGCAGAUAAAGCAGAUGUCAAUUGUGCAUGUGUGACCCAUGCUGGCCUAAAUAUAGUCACAGGAGAUGACUUUGGUCUGGUGAAACUCUUUGAUUUCCCAUGCACAGAAAAAUUUGCCAAACACAAGCGGUAUUUUGGGCACUCUGCGCAUGUCACCAACAUCCGCUUUUCUCAUGACGACAAGUACGUUAUAAGUACAGGAGGAGAUGACUGCAGUGUAUUUGUAUGGCGAUGUCUUUGA